CCCUCCUCUCUUUGUCAUCCUCCCAGCAGCCUAGCAGACUGCUGCUGCUGCUUGUGCUGGCUGGGCAGCUUCCCUCCUGCCUCCACCCCUCCGCUGGUUACUGCCUGGCUCGGGGCCAGCCGGGGAGCCCAAAGAGAAAGGAUCCGGGAGGAUCUGCCCCUCCUGUCCCAGAUGGCCUCCCCCAGGACCGUGACCAUCGUGGCCCUCUCCGUGGCUCUGGGACUCUUCUUUGUCUUCAUGGGGACCAUCAAGUUGACCCCCAGACUCAGCAAGGAUGCCUACAGUGAGAUGAAACGUGCCUACAAGAGUUAUGUCCGGGCCCUGCCGCUACUGAAGAAAAUGGGUGUGACUUCCAUCGCUCUGCGAAAAAGCAUUGGAACCCUUGAAGUGAUCUGUGGCAUCAUCAUGACCGUGGUCCCCGGCCGUCCCAAAGAUGUUGCCAAUUUCUUUCUCCUCUUGUUGGUCUUGGUUGUGCUCUUCUUCCACCAGCUGGUCGGUGAUCCCCUCAAGCGAUACGCUCACGCCCUGGUCUUCGGGAUCUUGCUCACCUGCCGCCUGCUGAUUGCCCGCCAGCCUGAGGAACAGCUUAUUGAGCGGAAGGCCUCCUCCAGGGCCGGUGAGGGGCAGGGUGCCCCCCACAAGAAGGUCAAGGUCAAAGUGUCAUAAGGAAGCUGCCUUACAUGGUGGACCUUCCAGGCAGCUCCCUCUGAGUAGCCCAGGAAGAUCUCAGUGCAUUCUGUUCCUUUUUGUUUCUUAAUUAAUUGCUUUUGUGGAAAAGGGGGACCUAAAAUGCCACAUAAUGGUCCUCAUGUUUGUGUUUCCCUAUUCCCCACAUUUAGCUCCUGACCUGACCAUAGACCCCAUCUUUUAUCAUUCCUCCAUCUGGUUGCAUGGACAUGUGUGUGAGAUUACUUCUCAGGUGUUUGUGUGGCAAAGAUUCCAGCGAGUACCGUUUGUGGGGGAACAGUGUACAUGUGGAGAUGCGUGCCUGAUUUACAUGUGUAUAGAUGGGAGUGCGUGAGGACAAGGCUUUGGUCUCAGCCGAAUCCUCUACAGAUAAUCCUCACUUUAUGCGCCGGGUGCAUUCUAGCAAAGGUUGAGACACGGCAAGAUGGCCGCCCCCCACGUGGUGUCGGACAUCAUACAGCACUUUCCCCAUUUGGCUGACUCUGGAUUCUUUCUUCUGCCACCCGUCCUCAUUCCCUAACUCCCCGAUCUCCCCACGGUCCAGGAAUGACUUCUCUAGCUAGAAAUCCCCUGGUAUUACAAUUGGACCUCAGAUGAUUUGGUUCUUCCCUUUGGGCUUUAACAUCACAUUUUCCCAGCAGGGGCUUUUAAGUGAUCUUGUCCCCAAAUGUAAUUCUGUCAGUCGGAAGUGUUGGACAAUGUAAAAUGAGUCGGCUUCCUCCCUCGUCCACGGUGUAAAUCGGAAAGCCUAAAUAGCGAGUGACUUUAGAACAAGGGGGCCUUGAGAUCAACAGAAAAUCUGAUCCUGACAUAAUGGACAAAUGAGAGAUUUGUAGACUGAGAGCCGGAAUGGAUGGAUGGAUGUUAGCGAUUCUCCAUUCUAAGCCCCUUAUUUGACAGAUGAGGAAACUGUAAGUUCAAAUGAUCUGUCUAAACUCACACCACUCUCAAUUAAGUGACAGAGCUGGGAUCUGGCCCUGGUCCUUUGGAUCCAAAUUCCAUUUUUCUGUUGUAUCACUCUGCCCCCGUUCAGACCCUCUGAGCCCAAAUGAUUCCAGAGUCGCCAACGCACCCGAGCGGUCAACUUUUCUCCAGACACUAUUGUCUGAUCUUCCUAAUCCCAAAGCUGCCUUGCUUCAAGCUUCCUCAGCCACCAAUCAGGACUUUGCUUCUGCUCUGCUCUGCUCUUGUAGCUGAGCGGGCAAGAGGUGAGCCUGUUAGAUGUCUGUGCACCUCAAGCCCCAGCUGUGCUAUUUCCCAGCUCAUCCCCAAAGUGCCCAAGCGAAGCUAUAACUUCUUGCCAAACAGAAGCUCCCUUCUUACUGAUUUUGCACUGAGGUUAAACUGGGUCCAGGUUUGUGACUAGGAGCGGUGUCCUGACCCAUCCCUACAUCUGUAUCUCUCUUCACUAGAAAGGGGGAGUGUUUGAAAAAAUGAUGAUUGAGCUGAGCAGUCCAAGGAAUUGCUUCCUUUGAUAGAAACUGCUGCUCUGCUGGAUGUUGGCAAACCAGUUUUGUUUUCGAUGGUUUGGGGGUUGUUGUGCCAGGCAAGGGGAAGAAUGGGAUUGUCAUUUUGGAAAAAGCAUCACCAUUCUUGGUAAAUGGCUCCUUUCCCUCUCCCCUUUUUGUCUCAUUCUUUCCAAAUAAACUUUUAGACAUUUGAAGGAGA